UAUAUCGACGUAGGAGAACGAAAAUGUUUACCAUUUGCAAAUUAAUUUGUAUCCUGGUUACAGUAGCACACAUCAACGCACUUAAUUUGAGUUUUUUUAAAAGUGCAUAUGAUCAAGCUAUGGGAUCUGCUAUGGGACCUUUCUUAGAUUGCAUAAUGCUACAAUAUUGUGACUGUGAAGUACUUGAAGAAGAAAAAAUAUGUUGGGAUAAAAUGCCCCAAAAUGUUUUUAACUUUGUUAGAGAGACAGUGAUUGCACAAUGUGAUCUCAAUGGUGAAUCUGGAUUGCCACUUUGCGAAGAGGGAAAUGUAACUUCAUGCCUUUUGCCUUAUAUGUGUUCGAACAAAGAGAAAUUCAAAAGCCACUUGAUGACAGUUUUCAAGCCUUUGAUUCAUUACUGCACCGAUCUUGAAACUUCAACUGAUCCAAUAAAAGUUGCGGAUAAUAAGAAAUUGGAAGAGUUCAAAGUAAGUUAAAUUUUCUUUUAGUUUCCACAAACAUGCCCGAUUCAAUUAAACACACUUUAAGCAUGCAU